AAUAAAGGAAAAUAGUAUUAUAUUUUCCUUACACAAAACCCAGAAAACACAGUAAAGACGAAAGAACAUUGCAAUCUUGUGUUUGUUCAUUGUUCUUGUUAGGGUUUCGCCAUGGAAGAAAGCCCUCGAGCUAGCAGAAAGCGAAGCCAUCCCUUUUCUUCUUCUUCUCCUUCUCCUCCACCUACCAAGCGCCCCAAUUUCCCUUCCUUCCAAGACAUCCCCAACCUUCCUUCCAACAUCAAAUCCCUAUGUCACCUCAUUGCCACUACCUCCGCCGCCGCCAUCGAGCACGCCCUCGAAGGCGCCGCAGUCGUCAUCACCCCUCACGACGUCGAGGAAGUCCUCAGACUCUCCUACGGCUUCCCAGGCCAGGCCGUCAAAUUCUUCCGGUGGAGCGGCCGCCAACUCCACAACAACCACACUCCUUAUUCCUGGAACCUUGUGGUCGACCUCUUGGGCAAGAAUCGCUUCUUCGACGCGAUGUGGGACGCUAUUAAGUCAAUGCAGAAAGAAGGGCUACUCUCGCUGGCCACGUUUGCCUCUGUCUUCGAGAGCUAUGUCAUCGCCAACAGAACCCGGGAAGCGAUUAUGGCUUUUGAGGUUAUGGAGAAUUACGGUUGUGUGAGGGACGUGAUUGCUUUGAACUCAUUGUUGAGUGCAAUUUGUAGGGAUGGUAGGACAGUUGAUGCUUGUGAUUACUUGCAGAUUGCAAAGAAAUUUGUCCGGCCGGAUGCCGAUUCUUACGCGAUAUUGAUGGAAGGAUGGGAGGGAGAAGGAGAUAAGGGUGUGUUUGGUGCGAAGGAGACUUUUGCUGAGAUGGUGAUUGAGAUUGGAUGGGAUCCUGCCAAUGUGCCUGCUUAUGAUUCAUUCCUGUGUGCCCUUGUUAGAGGGCCUGAUGGAUUGCUAGAGGCUAUUAAGUUUGUUGAUUCAAUGAGGGAUAGGAGGUGUUACCCUGGUGUGAGGUUCUUGAAGGUUGCAUUGGAUGAGUGUAUCAAGUUUCAUGAUGCUAGGACUGCAAAGUUUUUCUGGGAGGUGUUGGUGGAGGUGGGGAGGGUGUUGCAACCCACCACGGAGAUGUACAAUUUGAUGAUUGCUUUGUUUUGUUAUUGUGGUGAUACUGAUGAUGCGAGGAGGAUGCUUGAUGAAAUGGUUUUCCGAGGGGCCUUUCCGGAUGUGGAGACUUAUAAUUUGCUGUUUAAGUUCUUGAUCAAGGGGAGGAAGUUGAGAGAGGCGUCUGCAGUGUUUGCUGAGAUGGUGAAGAACGAGUUUGUGCCGGAUCAGGAUAACUGUGAUGCGGCGGUUAAGGUAUAUGUGCAUGGUGGGGAGCCUCUUUUGGCGAUGAAGGUUUGGAAGUGUUUGGUUGAGAAUUAUCAGAGUGAUUUGGAGCGGACAGCGAAUUUUCUGGUUGUGGGGCUUCGUGAUUUGAAUAGGGUUCCGGAGGCGGUUAAGUAUGCUGAGGAUAUGAUUGGAAGAGGAAUCAGGUUGUCCUCUUCCACACUGUCAAAACUGAGACAAACCCUUGUCAAGGAAAGAAAGGAAUUUGUGUAUGAAGAACUUUUGAGAAAGUGCAAUUCUCAAUAAGUGCUAUGGAAUUUACUAAAAUUGUGUAGUUUAAUGUUAGUACCAAAGUUGAAAGUUUGGCUUUAUCUGCUAUAGAGAGGGAAAUUUUGAAGUGGUUAUUUAAGGUGAUGCUUUGAUUAUGCUGAGCAAGUUGUUGGCUAUGGCAUGUAUCAGCUUUGUAUAUUGUUACUGCAAAAGAUCCUCGUAGAAUUGCUUUAUAAGAUUAUCAUUUUUGGCUAUUUCUGCAUUUUUGCAUGCAUUUGUAGUACUCAUUGGUCAGAACUUCACAACUAGCUGUUUGGAAACAAAGAGAGAAGAAAACGUACUUGAAGUGGGCUAUAUACAGUGGAUGAACUUUUUUUUUUCCAAACUUGUAUAGACCUUUAGUUUCUAUAUAUGAUUCAAUGAUCUAUCUGGAGGUUUCAACGAGCACCCUUUAAGUCUGGCCUUGUAUGUUCUGAUCUAUGGAGGUUGUCUGGUGUCUGCACUUAUUUGUAAGGGUCAUCAAUUGUCAAUUGUCCUCGUUACAUUCAGUGUAUUUAGAAUUAGAUCUUUUGUUUAUCCUUACGAGAUUGAAAGAUCUUUAGCUUGCUGCGAGACACUUUAUUUUUAGAUUUAACACGGUUCUUAGCAAUCCUGCUUGGAAACGUGAGUCUAUCUUUGCUUCUAUUAUUAUUAUACAAUUGAUGUGUAAUUGUGUUUACUAUUUGGGAUCAUAAUCACAGCAUCCGUAUGUUAAAAUUGAUAGUAGUAAACUGGAAUUAAUAUGUGGUCUAAUAGCAUUUAGUUCUUUCCUUUAUAUGAUAUCAAGCCAGCUGAAGGCUUGUCACCUUAUUCGGAGUUUGGGAUCCCUGGUUGAAUUUUAAGUACCCUUAUUUUGAAUAAAUCUCAGUACAUGCUUGGGCCUUGUUUUGAUUAGAUAUCUCAAUAUAUGGCUAGGCCUGAUUUUGAUUA